AUGGCUCACAUAUCUGGAGCUCACGUCGCAUAUCACCAGCCGCUCGGCGAAGGACGAAAAGCGACACGACGCAUACCUAUGCAGCCUUUGUCUCGCCGUCGUCCCGAAAACUCGACAGCAGGUAGCACCCCAUAUAUUCGCCGCAGCGGCGCUCUGCCACUCGAUCCUCCGUCCGCAACAACGGAUCUGCGGAAUAUUCGAGGUGGUGGGACUGCGACACGACCACCACGAAGAGUGUGGUCAGACGGUUUACCAGCUAUCGACACCACACUCAUGAACGUCGUUCCCUAUGUAAACGCACAAACAGAGCCAGCCAACGACGGUCAAACUACCCGUGAACAAGGCGAUCAGCAAGCCGUUCCUCUGCCCGAGCUCCUUUCCCCCAUUCUGGCAGAGAUGAAACUGGGUCAGCUUGAAGGAGGUGGAACAGUGCGUGGUGAUGGGAUCAUGGUUGCUGUGAUUGAAGAGCGCAAUCCACUGUCGUUGCAGCCACUCAGUUCGGAUGACGAGGAGGAGGAGCUGGUGGAUCCAUUCGGGCCAGAGCCUGAAUCAAUCCUAUUUUCACCUUUGAGACCACAUAACGUGGUCUCUGUGGCCUUGGACAAGGUGCCAGAGCCUGCAGUGAUCUAUUCAAGUACAUAUGCAGACAAUAGGCGGCCUCUCACUUCAAUGACAAGCGACGCCUCACCCCACUGGCCAUCACGGUCGAGCGCCACCGUACUAUCCAGCCACUUGAACUGGAGAGACGAUGGAACACACCGGCAUCAGGCCAGUCAGACGGCGACGAAGACCAUUCAUCAGGACCAGAAGGCGGCGACUGCAUUCAGCCGGUUUGGCCCGAUGAAGGAAGCGAUAGCCAGGUGCACGAGCCGCACACCAGCUGCAGCGCACUCCGGUCACACCAGGAGUAUGGGCCACAUGCAGGUGACACCGAGACCAAUGCGCAAGGGUGACUGUCAUCCUUUGAAGCUACCUUCAGGCUCCCCCCUUCGUCUAUCCUCUCGCGCACGAUUGCAGGACGACAGCGUGUCGGAUAAUCAGAGAUACUUACCCAAAAACGUGCGUCAUGAAUCGACGGCAACGGAUUCGAUCAGCAUCUCCGGUACGGCAGCAGAGCGGAAGAAGAGGGUCGCGGACCGGUUGAGAACUACUCGAGCGUUCGAUGACUUCUUCGAGGCCGCAGCGAGGAAGAUAUUGGGCGAGGGAGAUGAAGCAUAA